UAUGAAUUUGUUGGAUGAUGCAAAAGUUUCGAAAAGAUAUGCAAUUACGUUAUUGUUAACUUAUUGCUAACCAUAAGAAAUAAGACCGUAAGGUCGUGUAUACAUCUCUGUUCAAAUGUCAAAGAAUAAUUUUUAAUGGAAAAGUCUCAUUUAACUGUUUCAGACGAAGUCGUGGAAACAUGGAAAAAGGAACAACUCAAAUUGAAGGAAAAGCUCAUCACAGAAGACGACAUGGACUGGAAAAAUGGUGACGAAGACUUCAGUGGUCUCCAUCUUGUUGGUGGUCUGGAUAUUUCUUUUCCUAAAGAUGACUUCACCCAUGCAUGUCCUUGUUUUGUUGUUUUGUCAUUUCCAGACCUCAAAAUCCUUUACAAAGAUCUAAGCUUUGUACAUCUYACAGCUCCAUUUGUUACUGAAUUUCUUGCCUUCAGAGAAGUGGAUUUCUUUGUUGAUUGUAUUGAAAGACUUAAAAAGAAAUCACCAGAACUCAUGCCUCAGGUUAUUAUAGUGGAUGGCAAUGGACUACUGCAUUCAAGAGGAUUUGGUAUAGCUUGUCAUUUGGGUGUUCUUACUGACAUUCCAACUAUUGGAGUAGCAAAGAACUUGUUCCAUCAUGAUGGGAUUGAGAAAGGAGAGCUUCACAAGCAACAGAUCAGAAGUCUAAAUAACAAAGGAGACACGUUCCACCUUGUUGGGGAUUCUGGUWUUACAUGGGGAAUGGCUCUAAGAAGUAGCAAUCCAACCUUCACCUCUCAAGACUGUAAGCCUGUUUACGUAUCUGUUGGACACAGAGUUUGCCUGAAAACUGCAGUAGACAUAGUUGAUCGUUGUUGUACCAACAGAAUCCCUGAACCCACAAGACAGGCAGAUAUAUUAUCAAGAGAAUUCCUGAGAAAUAACUACACAGAAGAGUUGGAGAAAUGCUCAUGCAAUAACAGCAAAGCUGAGCCGGACUCUAGCUAGUUAAAUUAGUCUCCUGUAGCCAUUAAGUGUUGGGAUCCCUGCGUGAUACACAGUCAUUCACACAGCCAACACUACUGGUGGGAGACAGAACAUUGCACCAACUCACUUGAUGUUAACUACAUAGAAAAYGCUGAAAUAGGAAAAGAUCAUGGCUACAAGUCACAGAAAUGAAAGAGCCAUARUUUUUAUGCACAAUCUUAUCACAAUUUUUAGUCAAAAUCUAUAUGCUAUAUUUUACAUACAAUUUGAACAUUAGAGUUGGGCAACAAGCCAACAGAACUGUGAGUAUCUAAAACAUCUGGAAUCUUAGAAGUGUUUUUGUGACACAAAUAAUAUUUAACAACAAGAGGACACUUUGAAGGAAURCCAUUCCAGGUCUUUGAGUUUACAUAAUUUGCAACAAAAAUUUCUUACAAAUUUAGGUGGUCACAGUUUAAUUGAAGCCACUAUGACUAAAACUAGAAAAAAUUAACAGAAAAUCUACCUUGAGGAAUGAUAAGAAUAUUAGAAAAUAAUGCAGCAGGGCUUGAGGUAAGACAUGGAAAAAUGAUGGCAUGCUUGGUUUUGGAUUAUCAAUAUCAGUGCAUUCCUUUACCUUUGUCUUAUAGAGAGCUGCUUUACUUGUAUUCAGAUCAAUCCCCACAUAUAUAUAUUCAAUCUUAUCCUAUAUUCAAUCUUAAAGUAAAAUGUAAAAUAAUCACUUAUAAAAAUGUCUAUACAUUUUUUUCGUUUUACACAAAAUAUACAACAUUUUGCAUACAUCAUUUUUUAAACACAAUUGUAAAUUUUCACAAUUUUUAAUUGGUCAAGCUGUGGCAAAUAAAAGUGCAUACCACAACCA